CGCAAGGUCACAUGACUAGUCGCAAGAGAUCAUUCAGCGGUGUGCAGAAGCUUUUUUGGGAGAGGGGCGACGUUUGUGUGCACUGGUUGAAUCUAUUUAUAGUGUGAUCAAUACUGGAAAAUUUGGGAAUACAUCGGGACGACAAGCAAAAAACCGGGUAUACACUGAUGCGGCUCUGACAGGGAUGAAUUGUGCGACGAUGUCAUCCACGCUGGCCUUUCCACUUCCGAUUCGGGCUUCCCCAUGAUCAGCUCAUCUACCUAUGAAGAGGUAGCGCUCACUGAUAUAUUGAUGUUCAAGAUCUCUCGGAAACCAACCUGUGUGAUAAGGGGAGAAUUGAGGAUAACGGAACUAGAGAUAGGUCCACUGGGGCAUGAUGAUAAGCAGCAUCUUCAUCCUGUGAUAUAAGCUUGUCCUCUGCGGAGGAGGCGCAGGCUGGUGGGGGCAUGGCGACGGUGGAGGGUCGUCCGGCCCAGUAUGGGGUCACGCUGCAGCAGCUGCGGGAGCUCAUGGAGACCCGUGGCCAAGAGGCCAUCCAGCGGAUCCAAGAAGAGUACGGGGGCAUCCAGGACCUCUGCAGGAAGCUCUACACCUCACCCACUGAUGGGCUGAGCGGAUCUGCGGCGGACCUGGAGCACCGGCGGGCGACAUUUGGGGCCAAUUCGAUCCCGCCCAAGGCGCCCAAGACGUUCCUGCAGCUGGUAUGGGAGGCACUGCAGGACAUGACGCUCAUCAUCCUCCAGGUGGCCGCCUUUGUCUCCCUCGUGCUCGCCUUCAUCGAGCCUGAGGACAGCGAUGAGGGACAUGGCGGCAAGCCAAAGGAGCCCGGUGAAUCGGAAGCUGGGUGGAUAGAAGGUGUAGCUAUUCUAGUGUCUGUAGUAAUUGUGGUUCUAGUGACUGCAUUCAAUGACUACACAAAGGAGCGGCAGUUUCGUGGACUCCAAAACAGGAUAGAGCAAGAGCACAAGUUUGCUGUGAUUCGGGGUGGUGAAGUGAACCAGAUCGGCGUGACAGAAAUUGUGGUUGGUGACAUCUGCCAAGUCAAGUAUGGCGAUCUUCUGCCUGCGGAUGGAAUCAUUAUCCAGAGCAAUGACUUAAAAAUAGAUGAGAGUACACUAACGGGUGAAUCGGAUCACGUCAAAAAGGGAGAACACACAGACCCCAUGUUGUUCUCGGGCACACACGUCAUGGAAGGGAGCGGUAAAGUUUUGGUGUCUGCGGUCGGCGUCAACUCUCAGGCAGGCAUUAUCCUCACUUUGCUGGGAGCUGCCCACACAGAGAGCAAAGAGCAGAAGAAAAAGAAGAAGAAGAAAGACGCUAAGAAGGGUCAUAGAAAGAAGAAAGGGGAACCAGCAUGCUACGUCGAAGCUGGCGAAAAGGAGUUGUCGCCCCUCACCCAGCCUGACCCAAAUGUGGAUGAAGAAGUGGCCAUGUCUGGGAACUCGCACUUGGGCAACAUCACUGCCAACACUCACGUGGAACCUGCCCGCGCGGAUUCCAUUGUCGCCGCCAGCUCUCCAGCCGAAGACAGCAACCCCCGCAAAGAGAAGUCUGUGCUGCAGGCCAAGCUCACCAAGCUGGCCAUCCAGAUAGGAUAUGUUGGGUCAACGAUAGCAGUGUUGACGGUCCUUAUUCUGGUGGUGCGGCACCUGAUUGAGGUGUUUGUGGCGGAGGGUCGCCCCUGGAGAAGCAGUGACACGCAGCACAUCGUCAACUGCUUCAUCAUUGGUGUCACUGUUCUGGUGGUGGCCGUCCCUGAAGGUCUUCCAUUGGCUGUCACUCUCUCCCUCGCCUACUCUGUAAAGAAAAUGAUGAAAGAUAACAAUUUAGUACGUCACCUAGAUGCCUGUGAAACGAUGGGUAAUGCAACAGCAAUUUGCUCUGACAAAACUGGCACCUUGACAACCAACCGCAUGACUGUAGUGCAGAGCUACAUCUGUGGUGUUCAGUAUAAGCCAUCACCAAAAUAUGAAGCUCUUCCACCUUUUGUUGCUGACAAGAUACUGUAUGGCAUAUCAGUGAACAGUGCCUACACAUCUAGGGUUAUUCUUCCCGAGAAUCCGGGUGAACUUCCAAAGCAGGUGGGCAACAAGACAGAGUGCGCCCUGUUGGGCUUUGUGCUUGACCUUGGCAAGGAAUACCAGAGUGUGCGGGAUGACAUCCCCGAGGAAAUGCUGCACAAAGUUUACACCUUCAACUCGGUCCGAAAGUCGAUGAGUACUGUCAUCCCUCUCGAUGGUGGCCGAGGAUUCCGCGUCUACACCAAGGGUGCUUCUGAAAUCGUCCUGAAGAAGUGCAGCUACAUCUUUGGAUCUGGUGGUCAAGUGGAGAACUUUAGGCAAGAAGACCAGGAUCGCCUGGUGCGGACGGUCAUCGAGCCCAUGGCAUCCAAUGGGCUGCGAACCAUAUCCAUUGCCUACAAGGACUACAUCCUGACGGGGUCAAACACCAAGGCCAAUGAGGUAGCAGUCCCACAAGAGCCAGACUGGGAAGAUGAAGACAACAUUGUCAAGGACCUCACUUGUGUCUGCGUUGUGGGCAUUGAAGACCCUGUACGCCCUGAAGUCCCCGAGGCCAUUCGUAAGUGCCAGCGAGCGGGCAUCACCGUUCGCAUGGUGACUGGAGACAAUGUCAACACGGCGCGAUCUAUUGCGCUCAAGUGUGGCAUCAUCAAGCCAGGCGACGACUUCCUUGUUCUUGAAGGCAAGGAGUUCAACCGGCGAAUUCGAGAUUCUAGCGGCGAGAUCCAGCAACCACUGCUGGACAAGGUGUGGCCCCGCCUGCGGGUGCUGGCUCGAUCAUCCCCGCAGGACAAGUACAACCUGGUCAAGGGCAUUAUUGAAAGCAAAGUGCAUGACAACCGAGAGGUUGUCGCUGUCACGGGCGAUGGCACCAAUGAUGGGCCUGCCCUCAAGAAAGCCGAUGUGGGGUUCGCCAUGGGCAUUGCUGGCACAGAUGUGGCAAAGGAGGCCUCCGACAUCAUCCUGACUGACGACAAUUUCACCAGCAUUGUGAAGGCCGUCAUGUGGGGGCGGAAUGUCUACGACAGCAUUGCCAAGUUCCUUCAGUUCCAGCUCACUGUGAACACAGUGGCUGUCAUUGUUGCCUUUACGGGUGCCUGCGCCAUUAGGGACAGCCCCCUGAAGGCGGUGCAGAUGUUGUGGGUGAACCUAAUAAUGGACACCCUGGCAUCCCUGGCGCUAGCCACAGAGAUGCCCACAUCUAGUUUGUUGCUGCGUAAGCCCUACGGUCGCACCAAGCCGCUCAUCUCGCGCACCAUGAUGAAGAACAUCCUGGGUCAUGCCAUCUACCAGCUCACCGUCAUCUUCCUGCUGCUCUUCCUCGGCCCAGAGAUUUUCGACAUCGACCCUGGCAUGGGGGUGCGUCUCUCGGAGCACUUCACCAUCAUCUUCAACACGUUUGUCAUGAUGACCCUGUUCAACGAGGUUAAUGCCCGCAAGAUCCAUGGGGAACGCAAUAUUUUCGAGGGCCUCCUAACCAACCCCAUUUUCUAUAGCAUUCUGAUCAUCACUGCAGUUGCUCAGGUGAUAAUAGUGCAGUAUGGUAGUGUGUUUUUCCAAACGAAGGCCCUGUCCCUGGACCAGUGGCUGUGGUGUGUGUUCUUUGGUUGUGGCACACUGGUGUGGGGCCAGCUUGUGACCACCGUGCCGACCAAGCGCAUCCCCAAGACCUUCACCUGGGGAUCGGGAGCGCCGGAAGAGAUGAACGCCACAGCCUCGCUUGUCGAGGAUGGCAGCUCUGGCUCCCUCUCGCAGGAUGUCAAGCGCACAGGACAGAUCCUCUGGAUACGGGGACUCACCAGGCUGCAGACACAGGUGAUUGGAGGAGAGUUGCAGGAUCGAUUGAUUCCAGUUCCCUACAGCAAGAGUGCAACAGAUCAAGCUGCCUAUCAUUCUGAUGUUUUGGCGAAACAAAUCCGAGUAGUGAAUGCUUUCCGCAGUAACUUAGACGCUCGCAAUAAUCCUGCCUACCAGACCGCGCUCCUACGGAAGGCGUCGGCGGCCUCCCCAUCCGGAACGGGCACCGGCUUUGUGCGGUCUCAGCUGCACUCGCAACCGCACACGUCCACGUCGGCCGGUGCAGGCUUCACCUCACCCAAGGAAGAGGCAGCCGCCGCAGUGGCGGCACCUAGUGCCGCUGCCUCGUCGCUGCCGGGCCGGGAACCGCCGCAGCAGCAGCAGGCGUCGUCGCAUCCGGCUGGCACCAAGGAAGGCGACGCGACAUCCAAUCACAGUGUGGAAACUGCCGUGUGAAAGAAAAAAAGAAAACGAAAAAAAAUGGCCGCGAGAUCGACCCUUCUUCCUCCAUGCCCGUGUGUUUUUGGACGCGCACGCUACCACGUCGAUGAUGCCGCUUUUUCUCUCUCUCUGUCCCUUCUCUCUCACUUUGUCCCAAUUCCCGUUGAUCGCGUAUGGCACUGCAGCGCCGCUUCGAUUGUAACAUUGUGUGUGCGUGUGUCACCGAACCGUUCCUUUCACACCGCUGCUGCGCAUCCACUUUGACCGCGGGAAGAUUGAAUGCAUACAGCGCGUAUUCCUUCUCUCCCCCCUCCCCCCCAUUACUUCUACGCGCACCUGUCGGCUCGUGCCGAACUUGGCUUCGUCGGCCACAACAUUGAUUCUGUCACAUCUACAAGAGCAGCACCCUGUCUUGUAUGUGUAUGCGUGUAUGUGUGUCAGUGUCUAGGUCAGGCUUUUAUGCCAUUGAAUGAUGGCAGUUGAGACGUGCGACGGAGACAGAGCGAAAAGCCGAGAAAGACGUGGAAAAAUUCGCAGGCGAGUGUCUUCGGGACUCGCGCCUUCCAUUCGCUCUAUUUCCCCCGCUAUGUAGCUGUGCCCGUGGAAAAGUACAGUUUCUCGUUUUCCUCCUUUCGGGUCUUUAUUUUUUCUUUUUUGCCCCUUUACAUAGCUCAAAGUUUGUCGUGAUUUCGGUUAUGAACCGAUGUGCAAGUAGUGUUGGUGACAUGGGUGGAGGCACUAGUUCAGUCACUGAGUGGUUGUUGACGAAUUGUUGGCUCACGGGGCUGAGCAGUCGCGGAUGAGUUGGGGCAGGUUGCUGGUAUCCUCGCUGUGCCCGUAUGUUGCCCUGUCAAUCAAAGCAGAAGUUGCUCGAUAUUAUUGUUGACAAACGAAAACUGAUGGAGUGGAAAUGUUUGCUGUGUGUGUGAGCUUUAAAUGCUAGCAGAAGUGUCACUGUGACCAGGUUGCCUGAGAGAUAUGUCCGUUAAGUUUGUGCAUAUUUUAAUGCCGGGCAGGGAGAGGGACAUUAAUGAACGUGCUCGAGACCCACUACAAUAUGUGCGAGUGAGCUCCUUUUUUUAGUUCAUUUUCCUUAUGCACAGGUUAGUAUUUUUUCACCUGCUUAUCCGUCUACAAUGUGUUAGUAAAGUGCUUUAAAUAGUUCUGCUUUUGCCCCUUGCAUUUCUUUACUCCCAUUUCUUUCGUUUGCAAAUCAGAUUGUGACAGAGGACUUGUCGUACAACAUGAUUGUUAGUUACUUCACAGUGCUUGCUGAAUUGUAUGUUAGUCGUAUACAAAUAUAAAUAUUAUACAGAUUAUAUAAAUAUAUAUAUAUAUAUAUAUAUAAAUAUAUGACGAGCAUUUAUUUUAGCAUUACAUUGCAAUGCCGAGAGUAAGUAGGGGUAAGAGAGGGAGAAGGUGGGUGCGCAGUUUCACGCAAAACAAAUACUAGUAGCAAAGUUUUUCAGUACUCCGCCGGAGCUGGUGGUAGCAGCGAAACACAUGGUAGCGGCCGCGCAGGUUUAAACAAAAAAAAAUGGCUCAAGCUGUCUCCGCCUGGCCUUCGUGCGAGCAGCUUUUGUUGGGCUUGAUAGAUAUGCAUGUUGACGCUGUUGUUCCUUGUUAUUGAGAGACACAUGCCAUGCAUCUCCCCCCCCCCCUUUUUUUUUCCUCCUCCAACCUCCAGAACCUUGUGAAGGUCCCGCAAUCGCCCGCCUUGACAGAGGUCAUAUUUACAGUGUCUGUCGCCAUUAACUGCACCAAUCUCUUGUCUCUGAUGAUGAAUGCGUGCGUGAGUGUUUGUGUACGUGCACGUAGAACUGCGUCUACCCCGUGAGAAAGUAGCAUACGGAGGCGGCAACGCGUACAAAGACGAGGGGAGAAAACGAAAAGAGGAAAAAAAUGUUGCAACUGUGUAAAUGUUUGCGCCCAGCGUCCCGCGUCACUCUUGCCUUACAUGACCUCGCGUGUCACGUGGCUUUCGCAGCCGAUGCUGCGAGGAGAGCCCGUGACUUCUCCGCACCUUUUCCUGUAACCGCCUCCUUUCUUGUUACCACAUUAUUCCGAAUCCUUGAGAGAGAAUAACACCUCUAACUUCCUUCACCCAGUAUGGAGAGAUUCCAGUUUUCUUGGUGUUAAAAAAAAAGAAAAAAAACUAAUGCAAGGUGUGAAAGGUUGCCGCUGAGAAGAAAAAAAAAAGUGCUUCGUGAACAUACCAACUUCCUUUCCUUUUUUCUUUUCCUUACAUAUAUCUAUGGCAUAUACAUAUAUACAUAUAUAUAUAUAUAUAAAUAUACAUAUACGAUAUAAAUAUACGGAGAGAUAUACAUGCCUAACCUUCCUGACCUAGCCUGCUCUCUAUAACAAAAAAAAAGUGUCUCCUUUGUCACUUCGAGGUAAAUCAAUUUGGUCGGCAACGCUGGCGCCAGCUCUGCACUUGUACAACGAAUACGACGGGCUUUUUCUCACGUCGAAGAGUGUCAGUGAAGAAGAAAAAAAAAAGAUGCUUUUUUUUAAUUCUUCACAGAAUGCAUGGUUCAGUUUUUCGUAUUUUGAAUGCUCGUUUACCUUUCUGAUUUUCUUCCCCUUUGUGUGUUUCCUUGUACUUUUGUCACAGUUCCUUUUCAUUUCGUUGCGCGUCCUGCCAAAGACAAAAGCCGAAGAAAGCGAAACUAGUGGAGUGACCUGCUGGACGUCGCAGGCAGACGACAUCGAGAUAAGUCUCCCGCUGCACGAAUUGGAAAAUGGGGAGGAUUGUGAUGGACGAAAUUUGCGUAUUUUGUUCUUUCGCUGGGCGUUCUGUGUUAAAGCGAGAGCGUGGUGCCUGACAUGACUCAGUUUCCUGACAUUCAGCCCUUGGUUACGAUGUUUCAGCGGAAUCACCAUCGUUUCGCGGCGCAAAUGAGAGGAGUGUAGUUUCAUACUCAAUACCGCUCUGCCUCCUUGACCCUCCCUCAUGUUCCUCACCUUUUUUUCCUUUUUCCCUUUCCCUAAAACGCAGUGCGUGCCCUUUUUGGCUGCGCUAUCGAAACGUACCGGACUGUAGGGCUGCUAUCAGUUUACUAGCUACGCAACUGACGCAAAGCAACAAAAUUGUCUCGUACUGCAAAUUAACAGCAGCCCCUCCGCCUUGCUUAGUAACUGAGAAAGUUGCCUCUGCAUACUGCGUCCAUGCCUGCAAGUCCUUUUUUUUUUCUUCCCCUUUUUUGAAUGAGCGUCGUGUAGUUUUGUUUAUACCUUUAUUUCUGGUUUUUUACGUUCGCCUAGCAAUAUUUUCGCUGCCGCUCGGGAAUGCCACAACCCACGAAAGCUCUCAAAGACCCCCCCCAGACACUCGUUCGCUCAACCAGGACUCUCCAUUAUACAACCAUCUAGCGGCCGGUGCAAAGAUCACAGAUACGAACUGUACACCUACAGGGGCGUAAUCUCGUCACAUUUCACACUUAAGAGGUGUAUUCAUCGCCGCAAUUCUCACGAACAUUUCCCUUUUUUUCUGCACCCCGGCCUCCUGAGAGAACGGUGAACGUGCGUAACGUUGCUGACAGGAACGUUGCCGGCACGCAGCAAACGGAAUAAAAUGGCCGCAGGAGUUGCGAUGAUGAUCGUUGUUAGACGAUGGUACAGCCUUCGUCAAAAGUUCGGAAGCCGAUCGCCCCGUGACAGGAACUGUCGUCGGGCCGCGCGUAGAGUUCGCUGAAGGACUGUCGUCUGCAGCAAGAUUGCAGCAGAUGUCGAGAGGAGCAGCGCUUGUCAGUCUCCUGAGCUUGGGAGCGGCAGGCGUGCCCCUUCGCACCAGUGCCCGGUGGCAGGUCCUGUCGCCCGCGGAGAGGCUUCUUUUCGCUUUCGACUAAUGCUGUGUGCCUUGGAAGGAGUCCGGUUUUCAUUAGUGCAUUUCCGAGCGCACCGCUGCGUACGCCUCGCGUCGAACCUCGUUUCGACGCUCGCUGUGUCGCCCUUUCGUACGCCGCUCGUUGACCUCGCGCGGGCAUUCCGCUCGGCCUGUCGGUUUCAUCUAUACAUAUAUGCAUCUUGCUUUCCUCAUUAGCAGGUUCGAGACGCAGAGCGCGUCUUCGCCAAUAGUACUCGCCACUCCGUCGCUGGAGUUCGAAAUGAGAGAGCGCAGAGAACUCGCGUUCGUUUUCCGCACGAGCUUAGGCUGCUGAAAAAAAAAAAAGAUAUAUCGAAGCACGGCGGCUUGCGGAGUUAUACUCACGACGAGGGCAGGGCCAAUGAUCGGCAACGGGGGAGAGAUCCAGGCAAGCAACUGUGAGGGCCAGAGGAGUUCGAAAACAUCCCUGUUGCGGUUGUCCGUCGCGCAGAGUUUGUUGUAACAUAGUCAUUUCAUGCGAGUGGACCCUAACCACAGUACGAUCUAACGGUUUGGUGCAUUCUCUUGGGAAGCAGCGAGGUGAUAGAAGAUUCGCUUGCGACGACUCUGCAGUGGGCUUCUCGUUGUUACGCACCUCUCGACUUCGUGGGCGGCGAUAAGCUCUCGCUCGGCCCCGAGCGUUCGUGCCCCCCCCCCCCCCUUUUUUUUUUCCAGUGUGAACCACACUUGUCUAGAAUGGUCGAGUGGGCGGCUGCAGAAAGCGUGAGCGCCCACAGCAGCUACCCAGUGGUAGUUGCUGGUUUGCGGAUCUGUUUUAUAGCUCGUGGACCGAGCAUGUGGUGGCAUGACCACGUGUAGUCCUACUCGCGGCGUCCAAUUGGUCUGAUGGAUCACUCUAGACAAGCGUGAUUCGCGCUGCACUUGGCGAGAGCGAGUUGCUGAACGCCUUCUUUAGCUGCUGAAUUGGGCGAAAGGAUCGAACGGGGAGGGCUAGCUCGCGUUCAAAACCGAGUUUCGAUCGCUUAGUCUGGACAUCUGUCUUCCGUCGACUCUGUUUCUCACACGAACUUUGCGUUUUCGGCUCGCACAGCUAAUACACGCUCACACACUUUCCGGCCACGGCGAUGUUACGAAGCCUUUGGUCGGAAACGCCAGCUACCCGGCGUUUUGAGCGUUUUGUUUCUCGCGUUUACACCUUCGGGUGUUCUGUCACUUGUUUUGCUUGCGUGUACCUUUCGGCCGCGCUCUCUUUCUUUUUCUUUUUUUUUCAAAAUCGUCGCUUGGCCAUUUCGUGGCUUGCACGCAGUAGCGGACAUUGUGUGUUUUUGCACGCGUUGUCCCCCCACCUCCUCUCCCUUCCUUUGUUUGCUCCGUACUGCUUCGAAGAAGCCCGUAGAAACGCUAUCGCGCGUUGCCGGCUUGGCGCCGAGACGGGAGGAAGUGCUGCUCGCGAUCUGUGGUGUGAGCGUCUGACUUGACAGGCGGAGCUGAUAUGUGCGUGGGACGUGUCUUCGACGACGCCUCGGCCGCUCACCAGCUGCGGGGUUUUCGAGUUUCGAGGAACGGCGAGGCCCCUUCGGGCUGGGAUGCUUUUACCGUUAAAUAGCCUUGCCACAUACACACACACCGUGUAACUAUGCGUAAACUAACGUUAUUAUUGCCAGUUGUUGACUGUUAUGAUCGCGCCAGUUUGGUUUCUUGUUUGGCUGUUAUCUUCAUUUUCUAACACCACCACCCCCUCCCUUCCGUUUUUUCUGUUUUCUUUUCCUCCUUUUUCUUCGAUCUCGUUUUAGGAAUCAAGCUAUCCGUAGCUUGCCUUCACGCAGGGCUUCUGCCCGCGGCGUGGGAUGGUCUAAGAUAUCACUAAAGCUAUAUCUAGCAACUGUAGGCUUCUUCGAUGGUCACGAUACCAUUCUAGGGCCCAUUUGAACUUUUUAAAUGCUACACACAGUUGUGGUGUUAGAAGCUAGGUGUAUUUCGCCUUUUAAGUGUCUGGCGUCCAUGGUGGUCAAGUUGGAAAGUCUGGGUGAAUAUUUUGUUUUUUUAAUGGUAGAACUCACGACUGCAAUCAUCUGCAAAGCAAACUCGUGUCACUCCUCCUCCUGUUAGACCUCGUAUUAUUUUUCCUUUCACAUCGCGAGAGUUCUGUGCACCGAUCUGCCUGCUGCGUGCUUGUGGUGACCAUCUUGCGCGUCAACGUUCAUUUCUUCAAAAUUGUCAUAGCUUUUGCGUGCCUCUUGUUCAAACGUUGCAUUGCUUUCCUCUUUGAGCACAUCAUGAAGUGAAUGUUCUAGAAAUAAAAAAAAAAACGCGAAAACCUUGAAAAAAUAUGUAUAACACCUAGUGAGACGUAAAAAAAUCUGUGUGUUAAUUAUACUGAAUGCAUGCCCGCACUUGUUUUCAGGGGUAAUUUAUGCAACAACUUAUCAGUGGUACGUCGCGGCAAGUGCUUUGCAUUUGAAACAUUCUGCAUCAUAAUGACCGUUCAAUGCCAUUGUAAAUGAAUCAUCAACUUCAUCUUCUGUUGCGAAAUAAAGUUACCCAGCUCUUGUC